AUAUCAAACCCCGGAGCACCCACCCAAACAAAAUAGCGCUUCCACAAGGAAGAGGCUACAGGACAGUGUUUACAAAAUCCUCAUUAAGGAAGUUGUGAGAUAACACACGCUCAUGUGCAUCACACAAAGUUGAAGGCAGGCACGCACGCACACACACCAGCUAAGAGACCAUAAGCACUGAGCAAUGCAGAGCCCACCAUAUCAUAGAUAAGGGACAGAAAGGGAAAGAAGAGAGCAGAGCACACAGAAAGAGAGAGACAGACAGAGGAGAGGACACAACAGAGAUGACUCGGCUGGACGAAGCCAAGCCUAGGCCACCCUGUCACCGGAACUGCAGCCCUGUCGCAAAGGACAUCAAAAGGUGUGCAUGAGAAUAAAUGCUGUGAGAUCUGGAAGAGAGCAGCAGGAACACACACUCCUCCAGAGAGGCUCACACUGGUCAACAACACUACUGUCUACUGGGAUACAAAACUCUCUUUGGCUACAGAUGCACUGACCACAAUUUCAAUUAACCUUUGGAUUAAGGCGUUCAGAGAUUACAAAUCAUUUUGUCUUACUGUUGCAUCAGCUCAUCCAUAGACAACCCCAGAGGGCAUACAAUAGAUUGUUUUUCCCAUGGCGAGCAUUUGGGUCUCUCAACUGGAAACCAUCUGCAGCUCCAGGACUUUGCUCGUUCUGUUUUCCAUCCUGAUUCUCCAGGGGCUCUGUGGACAGAGCAGCCCGAUCUCCACAAACACCCAUCAGAGGCAUCGCCCCGCUCCGGGGCUGGGAGACGGGCAUGGGGGGGUGGUGGAUCCAUCGCUGCUGGAGCAGGACAACAACAUGAACAUGCAGAGCUUGCUGGAGAGCCUGAAGGAACAGUUUCUGCAGACUUUCAACCUGUCUGGCUUGGGUCCUCUUGCCAUGCCUCCUGGAAGCACAAGAGAAGAGCCACCUGAGUACAUGAUGGAGCUCUACAACCGUUUUGCUAAUGACCGCACUGCCAUGCCCACCGCCAACAUCAUCCGCAGCUUCAAAAAUGAAGAUUCAUCUCCCAGUGUUGUGGGUGUUGGAGGAGUGAGGCAUCACCCUCUCCUCUUCAAUGUGUCAGUUCCCCAUCAUGAACGCAUCACAACGGCCGAGCUUCGCCUCUACACCCUUGUCCAGACUGACCGCCAUCUCUAUGCUGGUGUCGACCGCAAGGUCACUAUCUACGAGCUGGAGUCGCCUGUCAGAGAUGACAACACGACUGAUGAGAACCCUGUGAGAGGCGAUGGAUUCAGAGGGGGAGGAGAGCGGAUAGAGCUGGUGGAGUUGGCUUCACGCCAGGUCUACGGCACCGAUAACGGCUGGGAGGCCUUUGAUCUCACUGCUGCUGUUCAGCUCUGGCGCAAAUCUGACCAUGGCACCACGCACCGGUUGGAAGUUCACAUUGCCAGCAUGGCUAAUGAAGAUAAUGGUCAAGGUAUGACAGAGGACAGCAAAGACAGGAAUCCACCUGAAGGGGACAUGAAGAUUGACACCAGCCCUGAGGAAAAACACAAACCUCUGCUGAUUGUUUUCUCUGAUGACCCAAGUAGUGAUCACCGUGAUGACAAGCGUGAGCUGAACGAGAUGAUUGACCACGAAACCUCUGACAUGGUUCUCCAGAAUGACUUGGGGAUGGGCCUGAAUGGUCUGUGGGGGGACCUGGGGAGGGACGGGGAUGAGGGAGAUGAAGACGCAGAGCCAGAUGAAGAGGACCUCAUCCAAAUGCGCUCCAAUCUGAUCUACGACACAGCAUCCCGCAUUCGCCGCAAUGCCAAGGGAAACCACUGCAAGAAACAAUCUCUGUUCGUAGAGUUCAAAGAUAUUGGAUGGGACAGUUGGAUCCUGGCACCCACUGGUUACGACGCCUUUGAGUGCACUGGCAUUUGUUCCUUCCCACUAACGAAGCACGUCACGCCCACCAAGCAUGCCAUUGUCCAGACACUGAUCAACAUCAACAGUCCUCAGAAGGCUGCGCGAGCUUGUUGCGUGCCCACCAAGCUGGACCCCAUCUCCCUGCUGUACUUGGAUGACACAGGCGUGGUCACCUACAAGUACAAGUUUGAGGGUAUGGUGGUGGCUGAGUGUGGCUGCAGAUAGUCCAUGUUUUGAGAGAGUUUAACGUUUCAUAAAGUCUUACAAUAAGAGGAAAGACACAGAACUACCAGUAAGCUGAAAAAGGAGGUUAGCCAAAACUGUCUUCAGCAAAGGGACAAUCGUUGGAAUCUCUGUAAGGGUUACUCAGUGAGACUGUAAGUGCAUAUUAUUUAUUCAUGAAACUAUGUGCACUCCAAAUUCAGACAGUGGAACGAUAGUGUGCGGCUGAUCUACAGUCAACAUUUUGCCAACGGUGAUGCCAAGGUGUGUCCUCAUACCCACAAGAAUGAAAAGGCACAAGAUUUCCCAAAGGACCAAACCAAGCACAUCCUACGGUGUGUGCGGCCUGGUGGGAACCAGUGGGCCAGUUGUCCCCCUCCCUCUCCUUCCCCCUGACAUCUGUCUUCCUCUCCACUUAUCUCUGGCCUCCCCACUCGAUGCAAACACUAAUCAGCACUUCUUGUGUCCUGGCUCAGUGAAAUAACCCCCAUGAGGCAACCUGACAAGACAUGAACUCUCCAGGCCCACCUCCUGCCUCCUGCCGCCUCCUGAUACGUAGGCGCUAUGCAGGGGUCCUAGUGGCAGGGUUAUCUAUCCCAAUCCUGUUUCCCACUUCACAUGCUUCUUUUCCACUCCCCCGAGCUACAGCGAUAGCAAGGUGUGGGGGGUUGAGAAACAUGUAUGCCACCACUCAGGCUUGGAGAACUGCACGGCAUUCUGGGCAUCUUUGGUGGUGGUGGGAUGGGGGAGUUGGACAGGACAAGGGGGCAGGGGUUGUCCACAUUCCUAGGCAACAAACAAUCUUAACUGACUCAACUCCCUGACCUAGCACCUCCUCAGUUGAGUCAUCCAUCACUUUUAUGGUAAAAAUGGCCUUUUUGGACAGUUAUUAUCUGAUGGCCAAACUCAAGAGUGGAAAAGGGGUCACCUUGUCACAUUCUCCUUAUGGAUACAACUCAAAGGAAAUACAGUUUCAGAAAUACAGUUUCUUUGUUUAAAAGCCUUUCGAUACCUCUGUUGCUUGUGUCAAAUAAAAGACUAUUUAUUGUUCUAAUUUAUUAAUUUUUUUUACAACAGCGUAGAUAAGUAUAUAUGUACAUUUGUAAGUUAAUUACUGUAGCGCAGGUUUUGUAUCCAUGACAAUGCAUUUGCAGCACAACAUUAAUUCUGUUGGGAAGAGAAAUGGUAACAGUUUCUUAAACAAUAAAGAACAAUUACUUAAAAAAUUCUA